GAAUAAGAAGCCGGUCUCCCUGAUUUUGGUUGCAGUGCUGGUUCUGGUUUACAGUUUCAGGAGUUGUCAGAUCAGGGUACUGCAGUACAAGCAAACAGAGACUCUACUCGUACUCAGGAAAACAGAGAAACACAGCUCAGAAGUGGAGGACCUGUAGGGUGUCUGCAGUGGAGAACAGAGAAAUCAGUUUUUUUACAGACUGGGAACAGAAAGAGAAGAUGAGUCAAGUGGACACCAGCACGCUCUGCCUCUUUGACGUGGACGGCACGUUAACUGCGGCGAGACAGGUAAUAAUUCUGUGUGUUUGCGAGGGUGAAAGAGAGAAAAACUACAGCUGACUCCAUUCAAACAGACAUGACAGCAGAGAAUGUCAGUGCUGCUUCCGGCUCCACGUCAUUGUUGUAGUUCUUCCGAACGGUAAUGUCUCCGCUGGAACUUAAGUGAUAGUCGUUCCACCUGGAACCAUCAAUGGUCGUUUGUACGAACAUAUACCAUAGACUUUUAUUAUUAUUAUUAUUAUUAUUAUUAUUAUUAUUAUUAUUAUUAUUAUUAUUAUUAUUAUUAUUAUUAUUAUUAUUAUUAUAUUGUUGUUGUUGAAUUAUAAACAAACAAACAAGGCACUUAUUUAUCAUAAAAGAAAGUUAUAGAAUAUUUAUCUUAGACUGAGCAUGAAUAACAUCAAAAGAGUGAUUGAUGUUUUAUAGAAAAGGGGGCACAGAAAAACAGGAAAGAUGUGUGACAGAAAAAACACCACAGAUUUACAAUCUCUGCAAGAAGAAAUAAACAAAAGAGCAAUAAAUCUGUGACAAACACAUAGUUAUACGCUCUCUAAAGACGAUAAAGUUGGCUACUAUUCUGUUAUUCUUCUUUCAAACUGUUUUGUCUUUAGAUGUGACUUGUAUGUCUGUGUGUUUCCAGCGUGCAACUCCUGAAAUUGCCGAGUUCCUUCAGAAACUGAGGACUCGGGUUCGAGUCGGGGUGGUCGGAGGAUCAGAUCUCACUAAAAUCAAAGAGCAGCUUGGAGACGAUGGUGAGACGCACACAGUUGUGUACCUUUUAAAGUAACACAUUCUUAUUUCUAUCCUUUCUGUGCGUGAUAAGUUUAACCCUGCACGUUUGUUUUGAACUGGCAGUGAUUCAGACAGUUGACUAUGUGUUUGCUGAGAAUGGACUCGAGGCAUAUAAGGAUGGAAAGUUCCUCUCUGUUCAGGUGAUAUUUCCUUUGUUUUCCCCCCAAAAUCACCUUAACUGUUAUAUUUGAAGGUUAGCAGAUUAAGACGGUUCAUGCUCUCUGUCUUGGUUUUAAAAAGAAAAAAAGAAACUCUGAAUGUGAUGAAGUAACCUCGAGCAUUUACUCUAUCAGUCCAUUCAGGCUCAUAUGGGAGAAGAGCUGCUGCAGGAUUUCAUCAACUUCUGUCUCAACUACAUGGCCAAGAUCAAACUGCCUAAAAAAAGGUACAGAUGUCAUUGUAAUCCCUUAUUGGUUGACAGUCAGUUUGUUUUUACCUGUAGAUUGAUAAUAAGCUGUAUUCCGUGAUCUUUAACAGGGGCACAUUUAUUGAAUUUCGUAACGGCAUGUUGAACGUCUCACCAAUCGGACGGAGCUGCACGCAGGAAGAGAGGAAAGAGUUUUACGAGCUUGACCAGGUAACACAAACACCCAUAGAUACUGACAUCCGGUUGUGAGUGUUGAGGAGUUGUGAAAACACUUCAAAAAAUCUUUCUACCCCCUGGUGGCAAAACAUUGUAUUUCUGUAGCUGUAAUUUCCUGUUCUUACUUAACUUUUUAAACAAAAGAUAACAAGAUAGUUUUAUGAUGUUUACGCAAAAUCAUUUUCACCACGAAGACUUGACUCUGAAUUUAAAGAAUAUUUCCAUGAACGGACUCAACUCUUUCCCUGUAUUUGUUGACUUUCUUUAAGGUUGGAUUUAAAGAUCAUGACAACAGUUGAUUUGACGCAUUAUUGUCUCGUAUGUUGCAGAAAGAGAAGAUCAGAGAGACGUUUGUGUCCGUGUUGAGGGAGGAGUUCAAAGGGAGAGGACUGACGUUUUCAAUCGGUGAGUGAAGGGGUUAACUUUCACAGUCAAUCUUUAAAGCACCUAAGCAUCAGGAACAGCGUCUUACUCCUGUGCUUUUAACACCUUGGACAUAAAGCUGUAUCGGGAGACAUGUCUCUUUCGUGCCAGUGUGAUGUAAAUCCUCCUUACCCUCGCCUCUUUCUCUCUCCACAGGAGGGCAGAUCAGCUUCGAUGUGUUUCCUGAUGGCUGGGAUAAAAGAUUCUGUCUGGGGAUCGUUGAGAAGGACAACUACUCGACCAUUCACUUCUUUGGAGACAAAACCAAACCUGUGAGUUUGAACCUACUGCAGCACAGUCAGGGGGGAGGUGGCUGUGGAGAGAUCAGAUUCUUUACAGGGUAGAAAACCAGCAGAACAAGCAGGGAGACAAUAGAUGAGUGGGGCAAGCAGCUGUUAAAGGAGCUGUAAGUGAUGCAAAGUAGUCCCUCAGGGCAAAUGCAAUGAAUCCUGUUUUUUACCUCAACCAUGAGAAGAGUCCCCUCAGAGACAGACCUGUUUGAACAGAAACCACUAUCGAGCUGACUGAGGGAGAAAACAACAACCUCUUUCAGGAGUUUUUAACAAGACCAUUAGCAAUGAGUUAAAAAACUUCACUUCAGUUAUUUUUAACGCUUAAAAGCUCAUCGAGAGGUUAGACUAAAUGAUUGGCAGCGGGCUGAAAAAACAAAUUUUUUACUUCCUGACCAGCAAAUCCUCUCAGUGAGUUGUGUGUUUAUAUUUUUGUUACAGACGAACAGGAUUAGUUUUUGUCUGAAGACACCACCUUCACAAAUUUCAGACAAUGGGCUCUAUGCACAACACCACUACUUCCUGAACUUAAAACAGCUCCUUUAUGUCCUGUCUUACAUUAUUGGACAAGCUGCUUAAAGGGAUAUUACGGCAUAAAAUUAAUUUAGAGUCAAAUACACCGUAACACCAAGUUAGACACCCCCUCCAGAGAUGAAUGUUGCCGACUGCUUGCUUCUCUAGUUAUACCAACUUUAGUAACAACCGCAGGAUAGCAAUACACAGCGGUCUGAGGAGCCAUAAACAAACCUCAACCAAAAUGCCACUCUAUAGACACAAAUAAUGCUCAGAACAGCACCUAACUUCAUCAACAGGACAUAUAGGGUCACAGACAUAGUACUAGACACCAAACAUCUUUUUAACUUUGCAAAGAGACUAAACACAACUCACCUACUCUCUUCCAGCAGCCACUUGUUUGUAGCGAGACCUCAGGCCCGUCCAUUACGGACUACAGCGGGGUGACGCAUUUCUUUAUCAUUUCCUUGAAGUAAUAAUCACCAUAUUAAUCAUUUUGCAGACGCGGCAGUUCUUCUGCCUUAGCGUCUCGGUCUAAUUACAUUUCCAUAAAGGUGUGAUCAGUCACACCUGGAUUAAUAUAUUGGUCCAAUAAUGUAAGACAGGAAAUAAAGGAAGUAGUGGAGCUGUACUGUGCCCAUUGAGAAGCGGUAUCACUUUGUCCACAGGGGGCGCCAUAUCAAUGUGUCUCAGAAGAGCUUUAAAGAGGGGGGGUUACAUGCAUUUUUUUCAGGCUCUACACGUCCUUUCUUAUGUGUGUGUGUGUGUGUUCAUGUGUUUUGCAAUAGGGAGGAAACGACUAUGAGAUCUACAGCGACCCUCGUACCAUCGGACAUGAAGUCUCCAGUCCCGAGGACACGCAACGUCUCUGUGAACAACUUUUCUUCUCCUGAGAGACAGAAAUGAACAUUUAGCUGCUGAUUUGAACUGAAACUCGAACAAAGUAAGAAUGAAAGACGUCUGAUGAGAUGUGGACGAGAGAGAUUUUACUGUGACGAAGGAAAGAAGAGCGACUUUCACAGUGAGAGGAAGGGAUUUUGGGUGUUUUAUUUUAAGGGUUGUAAAGGAGGUGCCAUGGGUUCAAAUGGGAUCACUGUCUGUUAUCAACAACAAGCAGAGACUGAAGCAUUUUUAUCCACAUUUAAUCACACUCAAUCAUGUUUUUAAGAGAACAACAUUCAGCUGUUCGUCCGGUCGCUCACUUCACAUCGCCUGAUUCUGAACCUUAUAACCAAAACCCUCUCGUCUCAUGUGAUCCACGGUGCCUCUCAAAUAGUCUCACAAACACACACAGAGGACUUUGUGAACGAGGCGGUCACAUGUUACUGUUAGUGCAUCAAAAUCGGCCUAAUGCACUUUUUCCAGAUUGGGAGAUUGUCAGUGAAAUUCUGAUUUUAUGUUUGUCGUCCCACUUUUUUGAUAACUAUCACAAUAAGCCUCAUAAAGGAGGAAGAUACAGCCGCAGAUUAUUCAAAGAGAAGUGCCUUUGACCUGCACUUUUUAUUACGGCCAGCAGGGGGUGACUCAUGUGGUUGCAAAAGGAAUUUCAGAGUAAACAGAAACAUAAAAGAAAAUGUACAACAUAACAUUGGGGCUACAUUACAGUAUUGCAUAUGUUACAAAUUUAAGUCAUUCUGUUACAAAAAAAACUUAUAAAACAGCUGUUUUCAAAAAGGGAAAUUUACGGGAGAGGAUUAGGGCCACUGGGGGAAAAAUUGGUCCAACAUAAUUUUUUUAAUUAUUAUUAUUAUUCUGAGAUUAAAUGGAGAAUUCUGAGAGAGAAAAGAAAACCAUCAGAAUUCUGACUUUUGUUCCUCAGAAUGAUAAAAAAAAAUAAUAAUACUUUUUUCCCCUCCUUUUUUCCAGUGGCCCUAAUCCUUCUCCGUAGCAACUACAUCAGAACCCAGUCCCCUGCUUGAAAAAAGAGAAGGUGGUACAUCUGAAAGUUCAAACCCUAAAAUAGUUUCUGAAAAGGUCCGUGUCUGUCGCUGAUAUUUCACAGCUGUCAGCUCAUGAAGUAAACCACCCUCUGAUAAAAACUGCAGCUCAGACGCCGGUGUAUAUCCUGGUUUGGGAUAUCCUCUUUCAGUGUUUUACAACGCUGGGUUUGGUAUCAUUUCAAAGGAGAACCUUUUGGCUUUUAUUUAAGCUUAUUUGUGAAUCACUCUGACAAACAGAGGUAACUUUGGCUCCUAAAGCAGUCAGUGAUAAACACUUGUACACAAUUUCCGCCUAUUCUUUUCUACAUCAGGGACACAAAACGCUGACACUGGAGAACUCCCAGGACUCUGUACAUGCAUAUUAGACUCACAAUGCCACCACUGCUCUCUGAAUGAUUUUAAAGAAUUUGUGAAAUCUUGAUUUUUGCACUUUUACGAGCUCAAUAAAAAAAGAAAAUCCAAUAAUACACCCUCCAGGGGACAAAGUAACAUCUUAAAGUAUUGCUCCUUGAACUAACCAUAAAAAGGCGUAACCAAAAAAGCCACAACUGUUCAAAAGACCAAUAAAAAUGUGAUUUUUCUCUUAAUUAAGAUGUUAAAGAACACACCAGACGAGGCAUCUUGCUGUUUUUGUCCCUUUAACGGUGCAUUUAUUGAUAGAUCAUUUACAUCAGUGACUACAGAACAUACACACAAACACACCACAGGCUACAGUGAAAUUUACAAGUUAAAGAGAUAAGACCUUCAGCCCUCGGUUGCCAUCACACUUGUUUUUUUCUCAGCCUUAAACAAGUUUGUUUAACCACCUUUUUUAAAUCUAAACAAUCGAGAGCAAAUCUUUUGUUUUUUCUCUUAAUUUGGCCAAAUUGACAUGAAGUGUACACAACAAGUUCAGGCUUUAAAACUGGACUUCUCACUGCUCAACAGUGGAGAGAAAAACUUCAUAACUAAACCAGCGUGUGUUUUAAAACAAUCAGUCUUUAAAGAAGUACAUGAAGCCUGAGCCCCCCUUUACUUUCAGGUUUACGUUCACCAUCGUAACACUUUUUUUUCUCUAAAUAUGUCGGUAAUGUGGUCGAUUCUAAUAGAUCCCUACGCAGAGUCUUUAACUAACAUGUUUUGGUCUUUUUUCAAACACUUUGCAGCUUGAGCAGGAACGUAUGAAGUAGAAAAAAAUAACCCUGAAAGAAAACAGUUCUUAACUUCUUAGAACACAUAUCAGUCUAUCAUAGUGUACGAAAUUAAGAGAAACUUUACGAGUUCCUGGAUGGUAACUUAAAAUUCUGAGUGAUUUGGUUCCUCUGAGGUUAAGUCGUGUUUAUCUGUAGAUAUAAACACUGAUGUACAGUCAAAAUAAAACAAAAAACAUAAAAAAACAACUUUUAAAUAACAUAUUGCACUCAAAAAGACAAAAAUAAAAGACUGUGUUUCAGCACUGGCUUGUAAACGUUUAAAUCUUUUCACAUUUUCUUCGUCUCUGUCCUUUUCUCUAGUUUAAAAAAUUUUAAGUGGGAUAUAAAUUCUGCAUUCAGACUGCAAAUCUAGUGUUAUUUCAUUAAACAUGAGGACAGUCUCACAGUAUUGUGCAGUGAACGAUAACAUGAGAAAUACUGGCAUGUUUAAAAGUCAAGUUCAGUCACUCUGGGAUGAAUAUGAUUUCUUCACAUGGAAUAAAUGCCAAAAUGACCCAAUCAGGUAAAAACAUUUAAGAUUGGAGUUAAAACACGAAGUCAGGAGUUUAACCAUGGUGUCCAAAUGAAAACGUAUCACUGCAUCAUUGUUUGAAGGGCAGCGGUACGACCCUGUUUCCUCGAAAAGAUGGGACGGUGACUAAAAAUGUAAUUAAAAGCACAAUAUGACGAAUUUCAAAGUAUUUCAAAAAAUGUUUCUCAGUGUAUGUUUCCCAUCUAUCACAACAAAUACUAAACUGGUGUGUGCUUCUCCUUAAGGAGCACUGCACUAAAAUCAGAAAUAACUCUGUAGUGGAGGUAAUAGCAUGGCCUUAAAAUCACUGACUGUCUGUGAACACAGUUUGUUAAAUUAAGGUUAAAUCUGUAUCAUGCAGAGAGAAAAUCAUAUAUCUAUACAGCAUCAGACUGCAGUUUAAACAAAUAUGAUCAUUUUGUUCACCAGCUUCAGAAAAAGGGGGAAGCAGCCAAUCAGAGCCCAGAACAGAGGAAUCACAAUGUCAUUACUAAAUUUUAGAUCUGAUGUGAGCUGAUUUAUGAGAGUAUGCGUUUUUAGAUUCUUGUCUUUGAUUUUAUCUCACAAAAUCUCUAAAAGUGUAAAUACUGCCCUCUAGUGGCAGAGCCUUCUUAGAUAAUGAGGGACAGUUUGAAUGGAGAAACAUUUAGAAAGAAAAGCUUUUAUGCCAGUUAGAGUUUCCUUGUUGAAAGACGAGCAGCUCUUCGACCUCGCAGUGUUUACAGAAGAUUUCACAUUAUUGUUAACAGAAAUUAGCUUGUGGUUUCUCAUGGUACAAAUGAGAACUGAUGACUCUGCUCAUUUAAAAAAAAAUAAAAAAGUGAAAAUCAGCAGUUUUGUGACGACAUAUUAGCUUCCUUUGAAAUUAAAAGUAACGGAAAUGAAAACAUCUGCUUAAAACAAAACUUAAAAGUACCCCAAAGGAAAUGAUAGAGGUACUAGUAAAUGAUUUUAUUUUACUCUAAAUAGAAAUAAAGACCCUGUUAGGUUUGUCUAGUAGGAGUGGUUUUAAAUCUGAACAUCAGAGUUUAACCAAUGUAUGUUUUCUUCAUCGCAGUGUUUUCUUUUAAAUCGGAGAUCUUUGACAACUUUAUUUUUGGACUUUGUGAAACAUUUAUCAAAACCCUGCUCACACACUCAAACAUCCCCCGCCUCCACGUAUUAUGACUCUGCUUUGAGAGGUUUCCUACACUCUCUUGUAGGGCCCGACUGAUUUACCAACCGGUAAUCGGCCAAAACUCGCAGAUUUUCGCUGAUAUUUUCAGAAAUAAAAUCAGGAGAAUACGAUUCGGUUUCACUUUGAAAUUUUCCGCCAUUUAAAAAGAUCCCCCGACUUAUCCUGUAGAUGGCGCAGCGACCUCAUGACAAUCUUCAUCCACUAGCUACCUCACAGCACAGCAGAGCAAUGGAUCUGAAGCAGGCAGCUCAGGGACGCACGGAGGAGAGUGGUCCACCUCAACGGGAAAAAAAACAGUUUGUGAAAUACACAAUAAGUCAACAAGUUUCAGUUCAACCCACUUCACCAUGUUCCCCGCUGUGCUGGUCUCGGUCACGCCGGGUUAACGGUGAAACACCAUGUAAUAUGCAAGCUAACGUUAGAGUUAGCUACCUACCUAGCUACUACCUAAGUUGAAAGCGGUUUUCUGGUCCGAGUUUGAUCAGUCGGUCUUCCUGUUGGCGUGAAGAGCAGUAGCCUACAGUAAAUGUAGAUAUCUACAGUAUACUAUAUAUUUUUUAAAAAUCGGCCGAUUAAUCAGUAAUCAGAUUUUUUCCCCCCUAAUAAUCAGUAUCGGCAUCGGCCCUAAAAAAUCCAUAUCGGUCGGGCCCUACUUUCUUGCACUCUUCUUUUCUGCGUUAAAACUUUCUGUGCAAGUCGAAAUCGCAGCUAAAGCGAGGACUGUUAUCACGCAGAAGCGGGGUUUUAAAGGAAAAGUACAGCUAAUAGUUCGGCUCUCACACUCUUGAAUACAGACAGGGAAGAUCCGCGCACAUUUUCAGGCUGGUUUCAUGUAACAUUCAUCCUUCUCACAGUAUAACAGUAGUACAAAUAACAGUAAUUGUGCUAAAAACAGCACUGACGGAUAUUUAAAAAGCCUUUCAGCAACAUAAACAGGAAAUAAAAAAGUUAAAUCGAAACACUUAAGUGGCGUCAGUGCCUUUGUUGAUCAGCUGAACUUAAAACAGACAGCAGGGUGUUUCCCUCGUUUACUGGAACUCCCUUUAGACUUUCAAAAGAAGAGAAAAAUCCACCUGCCUCUCAGUCUGUCAGCGGCCAUCUUUACCUGUCCGGUCCACCUUCACUCCCCUCCAGGUGCGUGAAUAUAUAUUUGAGGGGUGUGUCGUACAGUUUUUAGUGGUUCCCUUUUGAUUUCCAGUCAGGCGGAGGUGAAGCGGUCUCGUUUGGGUCCUUCCCUUCGUCGACACCGCUGGACGAGCGGCUGCUGAGGUCGGCCACUCCGGACUCCAGGUCGCUGCAGGCGGAGAGAUCAUCGGGAUCUUGACUCUUCAGGUGUGUGUGCAGCCCGAGAGGCAGAGAGAGGGCGGGGUCCUUGGUCUGAGCCUCCUGAUUGACAGGCUCAGAAGAGAGGGCGUGGCCAUUGUCCUGUGUAGGGCUGGUGAUUGGGUGGGUGUAAGUGGAGGGCGGGUCCGGCCCGCAGUGUCUCUGCCCCAGGUGGCUAGUCCUCCUCCUCGGAACCUCGAUCUUCUCCCACGUGAUUGGUUUCCCCAUCAGAGCUGCGAUCCUCUGCGGAGUCGAAACAAGUAAAAACUCAAACAAGAAAAAUCUCAAAAUAAGACACUCCUACUCUGAUCGGUUACUAUGGAGAUCUACAAGUGGUAUCUCUUUGUGAGUCAUUUAACAGAUCUCAGUCAUGCAUGUGUUAGUCAGAGCUCCUGUGUGAUGAACAGACUAAUCUACAUCGAGGCCAUUAGCGGACCUUCAGGAGCGGACAGAUCGCCUGUGACUUCUAUAUCAAAGUUUAUCUAUGCAUGUAGUUCUUGUAGCUGCAGCCACAGAGUUCGUACUAUAGAAGAAAUUAAGGUCGCUUUCACACCUGAAAGUUCAAACCACAGUCCGGUUCAGAGGGAGGAAAUGGCAGUUCAGACAUGAAAUUUUGGUUCGGAUCAAACCUAAAAGUCCUAAAGUCCGGACUAAACGAGGCGAGUGUGAAAGCGACCCAAGAGCGACUUUUUACAGAUUUCCACAGCAAAGAUUCACAGGAGUGUCUACAGUGUUCUCUUUUAGUUACCUCUCUAGAUGACCUCUUAUACUUAUUAUAUGUUACAGUGUGUACUUUCCAAUGAUGGUUGCUUGUCUUGUGUCCUGUUAUUCUUAAAAGUUGACCUGCAGUGAGGAUUGUCUAUAUAUUGAUAUGUUUCUCCAGUUCCUCUUCAGUUGUGAAAAAUGGAGCCAAAACAGCCACGAUUAUCAAUUUUUUAGACAUGGACUCAUUUUAAAUCGUCUGAGUAAACCAGACCUGCCAACAUUCGGGUUAUAAAAUCUGGGAGAUGUUUGCGGCGCGUGCCGGCGGGUAGUUUUGGGGUUACCUUGUACGGUGGGUAUGAGCUAAUUAUGAGAGUAUUUAUGAUUAAAUUGCUCAGCCAAGUAAGUCUAAGUGAAGCUGCACACUUUUUUGUUUUAACAAUAACAAACGGUAAUAAAAAAAUAAUAGCUACGAUAUAACUUGAACUUAAUUAGUCCACUAAUAUUAGCUAUCAACGUAAAUAUUAUAUCUCGUGUUUGUUUCUAUUUCAUUGAAGUGUUCAUUUCACAACAAACACCACUUAAAUACAGUUUACAUCUUAAACUGACCUGAAUCAUCCCAAAUUGUAAAGUAAAAGUAUGUUGGGACCAUCAAACUACGGGAGAUUCCUGGGAGAAAUGAUAAUACGGGAGGUGGGCGGGAGACAGGUCUGAGAUACGGGAGAGUCCUGGGAAAAACGGGAGUGCUGGCAGGUCUGGAUUAAACUGCGAACCCUCAAAAACCUACGAACACGUAGGUUCUCAGUGGAUGUUGUAUUGGAGUCGUGUCGGUGUGGUAUCAGGGAGUGUCUCUGUGUGUUGUAUGCCUUGUCUGGAGCCCGGGUGGUGGUGGUGGUGAGCGGUUCCUCCUGGCGGUACCUCCUGGUGAUUAAUCAGCUCCUCCUCCAGCUGCUGGGUCUCCUCCUUCACUGUAGACAGGUAGUCUGAAGGCGACUGGCGAGGAGGCGUAGAUUUCUCCAUGUGGUUGUAGAGGCCUUUCCACAUCCUGGGAACGAGGAGAGAUAAACAAUAAACCGAUGACUGAGAUCUUUAAAACUGUACAUUUUUAAGUCAUUGCAGGACGAUAAAUGCUGUUUAACGCCUUCUAGAGUAGCAUCAGAGUUUUUAAAAUGGUACUUUAAAUCAGUAUUGUAUCUUCUUCCAAUGGCAUCAGUUUGAAGUUGAUCUUCAGGGUCCUCGGGGUGUGCGUGUGGCUGCUGCAGUGACUCACUUGAAGCAGUAGGGGGUGGUGUUGGGCCUCAGGAUGCCCUGACUCUGGCUCUGCUCGGCCUUGUACAGAGGGUUGGUGUACUCGGCUCGGUCCUUCCACAGCUGAGGCCACACAGAGUGACUCCGUUCAUGAAGCCUGUGGUGAACACAUCGACGACAACGCAACAAAAAAAGAAGAAGAAGAAGAAAUACAGUCAGAGGUUCAGGAGUGAAAUGGGGAAAUGUGUUUAUUGAUAAUUCUUCUCUGGAUGGUCAUCAGAGUUUGGCACGAACACUUAAAAGUCAUGAUUUUUUAUAUUGAUUCACAGACAAUAAAAGCCUCUACAGCCCUGGAGCCCCAAGUCCCUCAUGUGCCAAACCCCCCCAUCCGGAUUCUUGUAAUUGAUUAUGAACUCACAAUAAGUCGGCAUCUUAAUACUGUCUUAUUUCUAGUAUUAAUGGGAGGAGUUUAACACAUGAAAGUCAUUUUAUUAUAGACUGUAACUGUACUUUUGUAAUUACAGUUAAAUCAAACUCUAAAUCUUUGAUUUUCUUUAUCUAACAUUCACCCACUCUCCUCCAGCAGCCGCUUGUUUGUGGGGGGAGCCUUGACGAGUUGAUCACCGAGUACAGCGGAUCAUUUCCAUGAAGUAAUUAUCACCACAUUAAUCAUUUUUGCACUAAAGAUGCCGUAGUUCUUCUGCCUUAACGUCUUGGUCUGAUUGCAUUUCCAUAUAGAAAUGAUCAUAAAUGUUCUUCCUUGAGCUGCGAAACUCCGCUGCACUCUGUGAUCGACUCGUCAGGGUUUAGUCUAAAGAAAUCAGUCAAAGUUAAAAAGAUGUUUGGUGUCUAGUACUAUGUCUGUGACCCUAUAUGUUCUGUUGAUGAAGUUAGGUGCUGUUCUGAGCAUUAUUUGUGGUUAUAGAGUGGCGUUUUGGUUGAGGUUUGCAUGUGGAGAUGUAGACC